AGUCCUCUCUGCAGAUAAAAUAGACAUACAAAAGACAUUAGAAAACAACAAAAAUUCCACAGAGAUAGAGAGAGGAAGAGCUUUGAAAUAUUUAGAUUUUAGAAUACAUGGGUGGUGCUACAAGCAAGCAGGAGAGACACAGUUCUAGGAGACGCAUCAAGGUGAAAUCGAAUGAACAGAUAUGGAGACCAACAAGAAAAGAGCUUGAUGAGAAAGAGAGAGUGAUUGUGGCUCUGAAGACGGCAGAGAAAGAGUGGAGGAAAGAGAGGAAGAGACUGAGAGAGGAAGUGAAGAGGCUGAGGCUGAAGAUGGAAGAGAAAGAAGAAGCAAAAGCGAAACAACGCGAGUGGGAAUGGGUCGUGGAACAGAUGUGUGUAGAGAGAGCCGUGAGGGAAGAGGCUGUGGAUAGGUGGAAACAGCUCUAUUUCGCUAUCAAGAAUGAGCUUGAUGAUCUCAUCCAGACAACAUAUGGAGAGGCGCUGAGACAGAAACCUCAAGAAGAAGUUGCAAAGACAGUUCAAGAACUCAGGAAGGAAGUUAAAGUCAGGGGAGAAACCAUUGAGACACUCAAGGGGAGAAUAGCUUUGAUGGAGAAACAACGAAUUGGGAAGGAAAGAGAGGUUGACUUACUGAGACAGAGUCUGCGUAUCCUCGGUGGUAGCAGCGGGAAGAACAAGAAGGCACCGUCAUCUGCUACCAGAAACCUGCCUGUAUUCAAAACAAAAUUCAUUGGGUGUAAAUAACAGCUUUGACAUAUCAAAUUACUUUCCCAUAGGGAUUGCUGUCUAAGUAGACUCAAGAAGCUUCAAGAUAUAGUAAGCCAUUACUUUUUUGUGUCUCAUGACACUUUAGGAAGUUGUAUAUACUUCACCUCAUCCAUAAAAUUAAAUGAUUGAUGAAUUGGUUUUUCCCAA